UCCGGUCUGCAGCAAUAUCGACUUGGUUUUCGUCGCUCUUGAUGACGUACAUGGAGUACUUUAAGCCGUGACGUCACCGUAAGUGGCAGAUACGAAGUCGGCGCGCACUUCUAGCUUGUAUGCAGCGAAACAGGCUGCUGAGUAGGUCGGCUUUAAAAAGUACCACAUCGCACACAGGGUGAAGAGAAAAAAAAAAGCUGAUGUUUACUGGAACAUCUCAAUGGAUAUGAAACAGGAGAGCUGUGAUGUGGACACAAAUAUCAUGGAUAUUAAGGAGGAGAACUGUGAGUUGGAGUCCAUCUACCUUAAACAGGAAAGUCUGAGCAUUAAGGAGGAGAGCAGUGAACUGCAGGCAGUGAGCAUUAAAGAAGAAAAAGAAGAGAGGUCCAUCAGUAUUGAGACGCUUAACCAUACAAAUCUGGACAGUGUAAAAGAAGACAACCUUCAUGAUGGAUGUCAAGAUGGAGUGGUGACCAGAUUAGACUCUUCUCAAAACAUACACUGUUCAUCUCCAGAGCCUUCUGUCAAUGUGAAGACUGAAUCAUUACAGUCUAAAGCAAAGAGGACUAAGAAAACUACAUCUGUUAGAGCUCAGGAAAAUCGGCCAACAUCUACAAAGAUGUCUGGAAAAAGAAACAAAGAUCAGUGCAAUUUGGAAUCUGGAAAAGAAUUUUGUGGCAGGAGUGCUCAUCAGAAACACGCUAGAAUUCACGCGGGAGAGAAGCCGUAUUGCUGUAAUGAAUGUGGUAAACAGUUUUCACACUUGACUGAAUAUAAUGAAUUGCUUUUUGGAGACCCAGUGAUUCUAUUUCUGGAUUUUCAAAGGGUAUUUGACACAAAAAGACAUGAAUUUAUAUUUUGA